UACCUAGUCAAAGAUAAGCACAAUAUUGGGCAAGAACUCUUCAAAAGUGCAACUAUUAUUAGAUCAGAGAGCUCAGACUCAGAUCGCUCUGUCUUCUUUUGUACCUGAAUUGAGUUUAAAUCUGUGAAUAAAUCUACACUUAUACUACAAUACAGAGCUAGUAAAUUCAAAAUCAAGAAUUUACAAGUGAUUUAAAAAAAAAUGGCAGCUGGGGUUCCAAGGAAAAUUUCAGCAGCUUCAGCCAGAGCUCACACUCGUAAAGCUAAGCAAAAAACUUCUUUUCCUUUUUCUUCAGGGAUAUUUGGAAAAAUUCUUCUGGUUGUUUUGACGGGGUUCUUGGCGUGGGCUUAUCAGGCAACACGGCCGCCUCCCCCGAAAACCUGUGGGUCCCCCGAUGGUCCUCCUGUCACCGCACCUAGGAUCAAACUUAGUGACGGAAGAUUCUUGGCUUACAAGGAAAUUGGUGUACCUAAAGAGAACGCAAAGUAUAAGAUUGUGUAUAUCCAUGGGUACGAUUGUUGCCGACAUGAUGUCCCAAUUGCCGGCACCCUCUCUCAAGAUGUUAUUGAAAGUUUAGGAGUGUACGUUGUUUCCUUUGACAGACCUGGUUAUGGAGAAAGUGAUCCUAAUCCAAAACGAACAGUAAAGAGCUUGGCGUUUGAUGUACAGGAGCUUGCCGAUCAAUUAGGUCUAGGAUCCAAAUUCUAUGUUAUGGGAUUUUCAAUGGGGGGACAGGCUGUUUGGACCUGUCUCAGAUACAUUCCUCAUAGAUUGGCAGGCGCGGCUCUUAUUGCACCAGUCGUCAACUACUGGUGGCCUAGGUUCCCCGCCAAUUUGUCGCAAGAAGCAUUCAAUCUUCGGCUUCCUCAAGACCAAUGGACACUUCGUGUUGCUCAUUACUUUCCGUGGCUUACAUAUUGGUGGAACAGUCAGAAGUUCUUUCCUGCAUGCAGUGCUGCAGGUCGCAACCCUGCCGUUUUCUCUUCACAGGACCUAGAGCUAAUUUCCAAGCAACGCUCAAGCCAGGAAUCCCAGGACUAUCGUGCACAAGUAAGACAACAAGGAGAUUACGAGUCUCUCCACCGAGACUUGAUGAUUAGCUUCGGAACAUGGGAAUUCGACCCAAUGGAUCUUGAGAACCCAUUUCCUAACAAUGAAGGUUCCGUUCACUUGUGGCAAGGCGAUGAGGAUAAGCUCUCACCUGCCAUACUACAAAGGUAUAUCGCACAGCAGUUACCGUGGAUCAAAUAUCAUGAACUUACAGGUUCUGGUCAUUUGGUCCCAAUGCUUGAAGGAAUGGGAGUCAAAAUCAUCAAGGCACUUUUAGCUGGGUAGAAUGAUCAUUCUUAUUGUUGCGCGAGGUUUCUUCCUGUUGUUAUGAUGUGUCUUUUGGCCUAUAUAUCUUGUGCUUUAUCGUUCAUUUUCAGUUUCAUAUAUUGAUGUCAAAGUUUUGACUUAGAGAAUAUUUUGUAUUUCAAAUGUCUUUUGCUCAUUUUGUAAUCAGUGAUAGUGAUAUUAAACAGUUCUUGCCUCUCAUAUGUUUCCCUACUCUUGAUGAGAUGUGGGGAAAAACAUGGUGUCACAAUAUAUUGCAUUUCAUAACAA